GCCUCACCUGUGGAAUCAAACAUAACAUGGGGCUUACCAAGCAGUACCUACGCUAUGCUGCUAGUGCGGUCUUUGGCCUGAUUGGCAGCCAAAAAGGUAAUAUUGUCUUUGUGACGCUUCGUGGUGAGAAAGGACGCUAUGUGGCAGUACCGGCCUGUGAACAUGUUUUCAUCUGGGACUUAAGGAAAGGAGAGAAGAUCCUUAUCCUGCAGGGUCUUAAACAAGAAGUCACUUGCUUGUGCCCCUCCCCAGAUGGGCUGCACUUGGGUGUUGGUUAUGAAGAUGGUUCUAUACGAAUCUUUAGUCUCCUGAGUGGGGAAGGAAAUGUGACCUUCAAUGGACACAAAGCAGCUAUCACUGCCUUGAGGUUUGAUCAGCUGGGGGGCAGACUGGCUUCUGGGUCAAAGGACACAGAUGUUAUUGUGUGGGAUGUAAUCAAUGAAAGUGGCCUCUAUCGUCUGAAGGGGCACAAGGAUGCCAUCACACAAGCAUUGUUUCUUCGAGAAAAGAACCUGCUAGUUACUAGUGGGAAAGAUACUGUGGUGAAAUGGUGGGACCUUGAUACCCAGCACUGCUUCAAAACAAUGGUUGGCCAUCGAACUGAGGUAUGGGGGUUGGUUCUUGUGUCAGAAGAAAAGCGACUCAUCACUGGGGCCUCGGACAGUGAACUAAGGGCUUGGGACAUAGCCUAUCUGCAAGAGAUUGAAGACCUGGAAGAACCAGAGCUCAAGAAAAUCAGAGGGUCUUCUCUUACAGUACAGGACACUCUUGAAGCAGAGGAUGGUACUCUUACUCUUGAGGUGGAUGAAGCUCCUGAGGAUCGCAUCCUUUCAUGCAGAAAAGCUGGUUCCAUAAUGCGGGAAGGUAGAGACAGAGUUGUGAACCUUACAGUGGACAAGACAGGCAGGAUUCUUGCUUGCCAUGGAACUGAUUCUGUGCUAGAAGUAUUUUGUAUUCUUUCCAAAGAGGAAAUUCAGAAGAAAAUGGAUAAGAAGCUGAAGAAAGCUAAAAAGAAAGCAAAAUUAAAUUCUUGCAAAGGGGACAAGGAGGACCUUGAAAUCAAUGUGGAAAUGACUCUGCAAGAUGAAAUCCAGCGGGUGACUAAUGUCAAAACUUCUGCCAAAAUCAAAUCCUUUGACUUGAUUCAUUCACCUCAAGGAGAAUUAAAGGCUGUCUUCCUGCUGCAAAACAACCUGGUGGAAUUAUAUUCACUGAAUUCAUCCUUGCCUACUCCUCAGCCUGUCAGGACAAGCAGAAUCACCAUGGGAGGUCAUCGCAGUGAUGUGAGGACUUUGUCAUUCAGCUCAGACAACAUUGCUGUCCUGUCGGCAGCAGCUGAUUCUGUUAAGAUAUGGAACAGGUCUACACUGCAGUGUAUUCGCACGAUGACCUGUGAAUAUGCACUUUGCUCAUUCUUUGUACCUGGUGAUAGGCAGGUGAUCAUAGGAACAAAGACAGGGAAGCUCCAGCUUUAUGACUUGGCCUCAGGGAAUCUGCUGGAGACAAUAGAUGCACAUGAUGGAGCCUUAUGGUCCAUGUCUCUUUCUCCAGACCAGCGUGGCUUUGUGACAGGUGGUGCAGAUAAAUCUGUCAAGUUUUGGGAUUUUGAGUUGGUAAAAGAUGAAAAUAGUACCCAAAAGAGACUUUCUGUGAAGCAAACCCGAACCUUGCAACUAGAUGAAGAUGUUCUGUGUGUCAGUUACUCUCCCAAUCAAAAGCUGUUGGCUGUGUCCUUGCUAGACUGUACUGUGAAAAUUUUCUAUGUUGACACUUUAAAGUUUUUUCUCUCACUGUAUGGACACAAACUGCCUGUUAUAUGCAUGGACAUUUCUUACGAUGGAGCACUUAUUGCAACGGGCUCUGCUGAUAGAAAUGUGAAAAUCUGGGGUUUGGACUUUGGGGACUGCCAUAAGUCUCUCUUUGCACACGAUGACAGUGUGAUGUACCUGCAGUUUGUACCCAAGUCUCACCUCUUCUUCACUGCUGGAAAAGACCAUAAGAUUAAGCAGUGGGACGCAGACAAAUUUGAACACAUACAGACUCUAGAGGGGCAUCACCAGGAAAUAUGGUGUUUGGCUGUAAGCCCCAAUGGAGACUAUAUUGUCUCAUCAUCCCAUGACAAAUCUCUGAGACUUUGGGAGAGAACAAGGGAGCCUCUUAUUCUUGAAGAAGAAAGGGAGAUGCAAAGGGAAGCAGAAUAUGAGGAGAGUGUGGCCAAAGAAGAUCAACCAGCAGUUCCAGGGGAGACUCAAGGUGACAGCUAUUUUACUGGAAGGAAAACUAUUGAAACAGUCAAAGCAGCAGAGAGGAUCAUGGAAGCUAUUGAGCUAUACCGAGAAGAAACUGCAAAAAUGAAAGAACACAAAGCCAUUUGUAAAGCUGCAGGGAAAGAGGUUCCUCUUCCCGUCAACCCCGUCCUUAUGGCUUAUGGCAAUAUCUCACCUUCAGCUUAUGUGUUAGAGAUUUUUAAAGGGAUCAAGUCAAGUGAGCUGGAAGAAUCUUUACUUGUGCUACCUUUUUCUUAUGUCCCGGAUAUUCUAAAACUCCUUAACGAAUUCAUUCAGCUGGGCUCUGAUGUUGAACUUCUAUGCAGAUGCCUCUUUUUUCUCCUCAGGAUUCACUUUGGACAGAUCACUAGCAAUCAAAUGCUUGUUCCAGUGAUAGAAAAAUUAAAGGAAACAACUAUUUCAAAAGUCAGCCAAGUCCGGGAUGUUAUCGGCUUCAAUAUGGCAGGUCUUGAUUAUCUCAAGAGAGAAUGCGAGGCAAAAAGUGAAGUUAUGUUUUUUGCUGAUGCUACUAGUCACUUGGAAGAGAAGAAAAGGAAGAGGAAAAAGCGGGAGAAGCUAAUUUUAACAUUGACUUAGAACUGAAAUGUGGUUCCUUUUUUUCACUUUUUCCUUAAAAGGACUUAUAAACUAAGCAGCAGUAGAGUUGGCAUCAUCUUAAAAAUACCAAACAGAAGAUCGUGUUGCAGAAGAUGAUUCCAAGCUUUGUCUGAGGGAGUUCGAAUGUGGGAUUAUGGGCUGGCUCCGUUUCUUGGUCCUAAAUAGCACAAGUAAUUUAAAAAUCCUUGUGUUCUCAGAGUUUGAUCCCUACCGGAGUUAUUCCCCUUAUAUUACAGCAAAUAAUUUUUUAAAUGAACAUUUCAAAAGUUUUUUGUAAUUCUGAUAGAUGAUCUGUUGUGUGUUUGUCACUUUAUUUUAGGUUUUACCACCUAAGAGAUAAUCAGGUGAAUGAUUGAUUGCCCUCUCCAUAAAUUCGGUGUUAAUGGACUUCUGGAGCUUAAAAAAGGCCUUUAAAAUGAUCUAGAACAGACUUCUUAAACUUAACCUCUUGCAGACUGUUGUUACAUCUGUAUAUAAGAAGAUCCUAAUUGCUAACUAUUUAUACUUUUCUGAAUAAAAGUUAUUUCUAGUUAAAGAGUAGUCAGGCGAAGAUAUUCAGAUAGGGUGGUCUUCUGAGUAAUUAAUACACUCUGUAUGUAGCUAUAAUUAUAUAUACAGUUGGCCCUUGAACAACAUGGGAUUUAAGGGCACUAGCCACACCCGCUUUUGACACCCCUAAAAGUUAAGCCUUUUGACUAGAAGCCUUCCCAAUGACAUAAACAGUCAAUUUACACAUAUUUUGUAUGCUAUAUGCAUUAUAUGAUAUAUUCUUAACAAAAAGUAAGCUAGAGGAAAAAAUGUUAGUAAACUCAUAAGAGAAAGUACCUUUACAGUAUUGUACAGUAUGUAUCCAUGCUGCGAGUUUGUCUGGAACGACCAGAGCCCCAGCUGCAGGCCUCAGUCUGCAGUAUAUAUUGAGCAGCUCAGCUUUCUCCAGUAAUGUGACUUUUCUCGGCAUCGCUAGUGGCGCGUCGUAUGGGUCCUGUCGUGUUAUUCAGGGCUGACAGUGUCGCCCUAAACACAGUGAAAUGCACGCAAGAACCCCAGGGGACCCUUUUGACUGUGAUAUGCACUUUACUGGAGAGAGGAACCCUUAAAACAGGUGGCUAGCAUCACGUGGCAUUUUAAGCGGACACUCAAAACACUUGCGCUCGCCACAAUAGCAACAGAGGGUGGCUAUGAGGUUAUUACAGUAGUAAAGCAUGUAGUAUAGUUAGUUUUACGCAGUUAGGAUUGAAUGCUGCAUCUUUAUGUUUGCAUCUCUCAUCUGUGACUGGUGCCAUGUACAGUCUGCAGAUUUUGGUGUUUUAAAUAAUAGCUUUUCGUGUAGUUUAUAACAGUAAAAUAUGUAGUUUAUGUAUUCAUGACAUACCUCACUUUUUCUGAAAAUUUUCAGUAUUUUUAGGUUAUGUGGUUUGUGACUUCUCAAAUUGUUUCAGACCUCCAAAAAAACCUGCACAGUUUAUUUAUGGAAAUAAAUUGCGCAUAUUUAUGGAAAAAACCUGUGCAGUUCAAACCCGA